AUGACGGAAGCCGAGUUCAAGGACCUUGUGGUCGGUCGUUCGUUCCAGCAAGGCCUGAGCGCCGUAAACGCUCUCCCGUCGGGCGACGUCAACCUGAACGCACCCCAAGCUGCAUCGUCGGCCCACUGCCUCGCGUCGGGAGAGCUCCUCGACUUGUCCGAACAGCAAGUGACGAGUUGCUCGACCAACGGUUGCAACAGUGGCUAUGAGGAUACAGCCAUCGACUACCUUGUCAGCACUGGCGUGUGCCUGGAGCGAGACUUUCCCUACACGUCUGGCACCACUGGCUUGACUGGCUCGUGCGCCAACUCGUGCACCAAGAAGAAGCUCAGCAUCGGUGCGACCGUCCUGGUUCAUGGCGAGUCUGCCACGGUCGCCGCAUUGAACAACCAGCCUGUGUCCGUGGCUGUCGAGGCAGGCAACUCGGUGUGGAUGAACUACCGCAGCGGUGUCGUCUCGCAAUGCCCUGGCGCGAACUCGGACCACGCCGUCAUCGCUGUGGGGUACGAUACUUCGUCUAUUAAGAUCCGCAACUCGUGGAGCGCCAACUGGGGCGAAGCUGGACACAUCCGCCUCAAACGGCGCUGGCAACGGCACCCCACGACUACCAAGCCCACUACUAAGCCCAAGACGACUACCCCUGCUCCCGCGUCUGCCCAGCCUGACGGGUGUGACAACUGCAGCGGAUGCUACUACCCGGCCGGGGACAUGUGUUUGCCGGAUGAAUACACCAAGGACGACAGCGACUACUACAGCGUCGAGUACAACACAGGCAACUAA